AAUGAAUGCGUUUUUUAAACACGUGUUCUACCUUUUAAAGAUAAUUAUUGAUUAUUUGGGUUCAUUCCUAUUUAAAAUAACCGGAUAUCAAUUAGUUAAUUUAACGUAUGAAAAAUUUGAGAAGCAAUUAAGUUCUGAAUGUAGGAAGCAGAUAAAGGAUACGAUCGCUGAGAAGGCCAUAAAGAUUCUCUUGAAUGAUUUGGACAACUGCCCAGAUUUAUCGAUUGUAGGCCGAUUUCUAUUUAAGGAAAAUUAUCGGCAAGUAAUGGAAAACAGAUGCAAUCUUUAUAGGAUAGUGAAAAAAGAUCAAUCUAUUAGACAAGUGGCCAUAAAAGAUCCCGUUGCAAUACUAACGCUUCCAAGAACUGGUUCAACUUUUUUUCAUUGUUUACUGGCUCAAGACAAAAGAUGGAAAGUGCCGGAGCUUUGGGAAAUGCUCAAUAUCACUCACCUUCCAGAAGAUCCUCUUACUUUGCAAAAUAGAAGAACGAUAGCUGACACAAAGAAAAAAUUCGAAAUGAUAUUACGGCUAUAUUCAAAAAACUUUGAAUUAGCUCAUCCUCUGAAAGCUACAAAUCCAGAAGAUUUGCUAUUUAUCUUGUCUACUCAAGGAAUCGAUAUGAUGCUUCCAAUUUUUUUCAAUGUGCCUAAUUAUGAGAAAUUUCUUCAAAAUUUGACCUACAUCGAUUGGUUAGAAAUUUACAAUCAUGUUAAAUUAUACUUUCAAGCUAUGGGUUUUAAACAGAAUAUUGAACGUAGGCGAUUAUUAUUUAUGGUUCACUUGUCUAAAUACUGCAAUUUAGAAGCCUUGAAAACUGUAUUUCCGGAUUGCAGAUUCAUUACAUUACACAGAGAUCCGGUAGUCACCUGCCAGUCUUGGUUUUCCUUGAUGAGUUUUGCUACUGGUGUCACUUAUGUAUUUCCGCAAAGACACGAAGAUUUCCAUCAUUUGUCUAAUUCUGCUAUAGAAAAUUGUAUUCAAGGAUGUAAUAAAUUAGUGGACACCAAAGGCAAUUGUGGUCACAUUCAUCUUCCCUUCUCUGAAUUGCAGUUGAAUCCCUUAAAGUUGAUUAAAGAAGUUUAUAAUCAAUUAGAAAUAGAAUGGACUGCAGAUUGCGAAAAGGCGUUUCAUGACUUUAUAAAAUAUCAGAGAGAUCAUCGUUGCGGUGUUCAUAAGUAUAGAUACAUGAAAGCAGAUUUGAGCAAACUAAGAAUCGGAAUAGAAAAUUACAUCAGAGUUUUUAAUGAAUAUAUUAAAUAA